AUGGGCGCGAAUUUGAAGCUCUUCUGGAGGCAGUUUGCGGCACUCGUAUGGAAGAACUGGAUAGUGUUAUUGAAGCAUCCCUGGCUCAACAUUGUGAGAUGCGUUCUGCUUCCCAUCGGAUAUGGCAUCUUCCUCGCCGUCGCGCAACUAUUCCUCACUAAGCCCAAUAAUUAUGGCUUGGGUACUGCCAUUCCAGUGCCGAGUCUUAUAGACCAGUAUGAUGGUUCUAUGGCGUUGGUCUGGGCAGACGCUACGAAUGGUACCGGGAGCCCAUCCGCGCAGGACAUCAUCUCGCAUAUAACGCGCGAGUUCUCGUCCAAGCAGCUCGGCAACGUCAAGAAGGCCGCCUCUCCCGACGAUAUCCCACCUCUGUGUCCCGAGAACUUCAAUGGGUUUUCGGAGUGCUAUGCUGCCGUUGUCUUCAACUCUUUGCCCAUCGCUAAUGACGACAGCGAAGUGGCCCUGCAGCCGAUCAAUUAUACUCUCCGAGCCGAUGGUGGAUUGUACUACAUUAACGUGGCUAAACAUACCAGCAGCUACGAGGAGCGCGUCCUACCUUUGCAGUGGGCCGUCGACAGCGCUAUAAUCGAACUCACCACCGGUGUAGCUCCCGCAACACCUCUAGAAUGGCCAUUCACCCAGGAGACCAACACUGAGCAGUCUACCGACAUUCGUCUAAGUUACAUCCGCGGCCUGCGUACUUUACUGGUCCUAGCUCUAUUUGUAUGCUACGUCGGCAUCGCCUAUCAGCUACCCGGUGCGUUCACCGGUGAGCGCGCCAACCUCCUCACAGCGCACUUGAAGGCGAUGGGCCUAAUGGACUCGGCACGUAUUAUCUCGUGGCACGUCAGCAUCUCGCUCGUGUACCUCCCAGCUUGGAUCAUCGUCUCGCUCAUCUGGCACUAUCGCAUCUUCACUGCGACGAACGCCGGGCUCGUCCUUGUCAUCCAUCUCCUUCUGGGCCUAACGCUGGCAAGUUGGUCGUUCUUCGUGUCCGCGCCGUUUGGGAAGAGCCCGCAGCUAGCCGCAAUCGCAUCGACUGUACUUUCAAUCGUGUUCGCAAUCCUGGCGCUGGUCGACACACAUGCAAGCACAGGCGCAGCCUUCUUCUUCUCCAUCUUCUUCCCACCAGGGUUCUACAUAUUCGCCAUCAGAGCGGUUUGCGGCUUCGAGGCUCACCAGAUCGCUACUAAUGUACUCAAGCCGGAUCCCGAUAACAAUCUAAUUCUGCUGCCGCUCAUAUUUGCCGCUAUUAUUGACAUUUUCUUAUGGCCCUACAUGGGCAUACUCCUGGAGAGGCGACUGUACGAUGCUCAGAAUCCUUCAACUUCUUCAUGGCGCUUCUGGCGGAAGCGGCGGUCGUCGACGGAGGACAGCACGGUGCCGCUGUCUCCGGGUACCGCGAUCUCGAUACGCAAUCUCGGAAAGGACUUCCAAACAUCGAUGUUCAAGCGCGACAAGGGGCUUGUCACCGCGGUAGCCGACCUCAGUCUCGACAUACCGAAGACGGGAAUUUACGUCUUGCUCGGGUCAAACGGUGCUGGGAAGUCCACAACGAUGUCCAUUCUCGCCGGUCUGUUGGGCCGCACACGCGGCUCCGUCCUGUUCGAGGGUGGCGUCGAGCGGCCACCACUGGGAUCGAUCGGACUUGUACCACAGAAGAACGUGCUCUUCCCCGAGCUGACGUGCUACCAGACGCUGCGCGUAUGGCGCGCGAUCAAACCGCUUAAUGACUCCGCAGAAGAAGAGGACAUCGAACAAUUACUAAAGGACUGCGAUUUGGGAAAGAAGAUCCAUUAUAAUGCGAACGCGCUGAGUGGUGGGCAGAAAAGGAAGCUGCAGUUGGCGGUCGGGUUGGUCGGAGGUUCCAAGAUACUCCUGGUUGACGAGUGCACAUCCGGCGUAGACCCGCUAUCUCGGCGUGCACUGUGGAGAACGUUGACUUCUGUGCGGCACGACAGAACAGUUGUAUUCACUACACACUUCCUCGACGAAGCGGACCUACUCGCGGACACAAUUGCUGUGCUUGCAGCUCCUGGAAAACUGGUUGCGCAAGGCACCCCAGUAGCGCUCAAGUCCAGCCUUGGUGAAGGCUACACGGUACAAGUGUCUUUUUCCGGGAAUCAAGUUGGCGAAAAAGCUGGCAACGAGCCUUCGGAACUUCUUGAUCGAGUUCGCCCAUUGGCGCCGUCAACGUAUGUGACUUCAUCUGGGCCCAAUGAGGCAUCCUACCAUUUGAAGGCCAAGGACCCUGCGGCCGUGCACAAAGUGCUCGAGGUCAUGGAGUUGGAACGUAAAGCUAGCAGACUUGCGUCCUACUCCGUGCUCAGCACGUCCAUCGAGGACAUCUUCCUGGGCCUCAUGCACAGCAACCAAGACGCCGACUCGGAGAAAGCUGACAGGAAGUCUGCUGGCUCGACACUGCUACCUGUACUCUCACAUGGCAGCGCUCCGACACUGGAGCUGACCAGCGGCCGAAGGAGGUCCCCUCUCGGACAGGCAUUCACGAUAUUCCACAAACGAGCUCUCAUCGCGCGGAGAAGUUGGCUUACGCCCUUUUUGGCAGUGCUUGUCGCAGUAGCAGGUUCCUGCGUUCCUCUGUUUUUCAUCGCUGGACGUGCACGUCAAACCUGUGUGCAAACCUUCCAGCAGACAAGUAGCGUUCCGAUCUACUUGCCAUAUUCUCCUGUCAUCCUGGCAGGCGUGAACGAGACUACGCCCGGUACUCAAGUUCUGGAGUCGCCGCCCGGUAUCAUCUCUUCGCUUGGGUCAACUGUCAGCGCUGUUCCUGUGGAGAACAUUGCCGACAAUGCCACUUUCGUUAACACCAUUAGCCAAAACUUCCAGAACCUGUCUCUUGGAGGCGUAUCACUAGACCUGCAAUCCGGCCAAGCGCUAGUGGCAUGGGAAGCGACUCCGCCCGGCUUGACAGGGCUAGUGAUGCUGAACUUGGCAUCUAACCUGUUGUACAAUCAUGCCCUCAACUCGUCAGGGAAAAGCACCGGUGUGCCUCAGCUAAUCGCAGCAAACUACCAGGACUUCCCUGGAUUUGAUGCUGGCACUCUUGUCGCCCUUAAAUGGCUGGCAUUUUAUGGAGCUGCGAUGGCUGUGUUUCCCGCAUUCUUCUCCCUCUACGUCUCGAAAGAACGUCGGUCAUCCGUGCAGGCCAUGCAGUUGUCGAAUGGGCUAUCUAACACCGUCGGACUUUGGCUUGGGCACCUCAUGUUUGACUCGGUGUUCUCCGUGAUCAGCGCGAGCAUCAUAAUCAUCGUAUUUGCAGCUGCCUCUAACCAAUUCACGGGUCUUGGAUUCUUCUGGGUGGUCCUGGUCCUAUAUGGAAUCGUUGGCGCCUUGUUCUCGUACUGUGUUUCAUUAGUGGUCACCUCGCCCUUGGCCGCAUUUGCAGCGUCUGCAGGGUACCAGGUGAUCAUGUACAUUCUCUACCUAGCUGCCUUCCUCCUCACUCUCACUUAUGCGAAGACUGCCGCCGACAACUACGACCUUACACUCAUCCAUUUUACAAUGUCGAUUGCAUCUCCUGUUGCCAAUGCACUCCAAGCAUCAUUUGUGUCUGUUAAUCUUUUCUCCUUGCUGUGCGACGGUGAUCUCCCUGCAACCACGUCCUCAAUGGGUAAACUGACGCGGUACGGCGGCCCCAUUCUCUACCUCAUCGUCUACGCAUUCGUUCUCUUCGGCAUCCUUGUCUGGGUGGACUCCGGCUCCAUCCUGCCUCGCAGAAUCGCACCGCGCAAACGAUCCGCCCCCACUAACAAGGAUGGUGCCUCUGCCCCAGGCCGUGUAGGGCGACAGGACAUCGAUGAUGAGGCUGCAGCGGUAGCGGGCUCGGACGAUGCACUGCGCGUGCUCAAUGUUGUCAAGGCGUACGGCAGUCCGGACAAUAGGGUCGUUGACAACGUAAGCUUCGGCGUAGGCAAGGACACCAUGUUCGCCCUCCUAGGUCCGAACGGUGCUGGAAAGACAACCACGUUCAACAUGAUCCGUGGAGACGUCAUCCCGGACGAGGGCGACGUACUCAUCAAUGGCGUCUCGAUCGUGAACCAUCCACGCUCGGCCCGUCUAUCGUUGGGUGUCUGCCCGCAAUUCACUGCGAUUGACUCCGAGUUGACUGUGGAGGAGCAUCUCAUCAUCUACGGACGUCUGAAGGGUUUGUACCGCGGAGAAGAGUUGGAUCGCAACGUCAAAGCCCUCAUGCGCGCGACCUCUCUGGACAUAUACGCAGAUCGCUUAGCCAUCAGGUUGUCUGGAGGUAACCAGCGAAAGCUGGCAUUAGCGAUUGCGCUCAUCGGCAAUCCCUCGGUCGUCCUCAUCGACGAGUUCUCCACUGGUAUUGAUGCGAAGAUGAAGCGUGACAUGUGGGGGACGCUCCGCACGGUGGCCGUAGGGAAGGCAAUCGUUAUAACCACUCAUUCUAUGGAAGAGGCAUCUGCAUUGGCAAACAAGGUCGGCAUCCUCGCAAAGAAGAUGCUUGCCGUUGGCACGACCGAUCAGCUCGCCGAGCGUUACGCCACCUACGAGGUCCACUUCUCAUGUCGAACUCGAGAGGAAGUGAUUCGCGCCCAGGAGCUCAUGGCGCAUAUACCCGGGUCACGCAUGGCAGACGAUGUAGCGACGCGUUUCGAAGUUCCCAUUGGGAACGGUAUGUCGCUCGCGCACCUCUUCGGCGUGCUAUCUUCUCAGGAGGACUUCUCUGAGUACACGGUGGAGAGGGCCACCCUAGAGAGCGUGUUCUUGAAGGUAAUCAGGGAGAACGACGUGUUGGAGGAGGAUCGAGAAACGCGGAGACGACGGUGGAGGCAACCACACGUGCGUAGUCAACUCGUCGACGCCCCACCAUCGGUCAUGCCACAGGAAGCACCUGCGCCGGCCGCCGAUCCCAAGGUGGACGUGAACGAGGAAGAGGAGGAGGAAAGCGACGAAUACGAGGUAGAGGACUCGUCAGGGGAGGAGCAAGGCUUUGGCGAGGAAGAGGAAGAGGAAGAAGAGGAUGAGGAGGAUGAGGAAGCUGAGAACCCAGCUGGACCUAGCGGCAGCGGGAAAGCCAGUCUGACAGCCUUGUUGCUCCCUGGACAGAACAAUGCAGAUGACGCGAAUGGAGAAGACGACGAGGAAUUUGACCCGGAAGGGGAGACUAGUCCCACCAUCUCUAUCGCAGGCACGAAGCGGAGCCGAGAUGACGAGGACGACGAAGAACAGCCUGCCGCUCGGGUCACAGAGAGCGGCGAGCUCGAAGGCGACUACGGCGAAGUCGACGAGAACAGUGACAUCGUCACGAAGAGGGCGAGGACGUCUUCGGACGACUCCUGAGGUUUUGCGGUGACCGGCAAUUGUUACGCUUGACGCUGUUCCCAAUAACCCUAUAUAUACAUUGCGAACGAUUGGUAUCGUGUAUUCCCUACUGUAGCUCCUUCUCUUCCAAGUGGUCUCUUGUCUCGGUGUAAUCUUAUCGCGAACGUUCAGAACGAUGCCUACCUUACGACGUGCUUUGUAGCAUCUGACAAUUGAGCGCGACAAGACCAUGCAGACGCAAUCGGUCUAGC